AUGAAAAGAAAACGAACGGGCUCAACCAAAGCAAGUGGUACCAUCGGAACGGAAACAGCAACAACAACCAAUCAACCAACCACCACUUCAUCAAAAAAGAAAACCAAUAAUAACAACAAUAUUCAACAAAGUAAAAGCCUGUUCAACUUUUCUCAAGCUCCCGGAUGGAAUGAAGAAGAAAAUAGAAUCCUCCGAUUGGGAAUUAUGAAGUUUGGAGUGGGAAGUUGGAGUACCAUUCAUCGAUCGGGAAUAUUACCUGGCAAGAAUUAUGCUCAACUUUAUAUUCAAACACAGAGAAUGUUGGGUGUUCAAAGUUUGGCUCCUUUCAAUGGAAUUAGGCUUGACACUGACCGCGUUCGUAAAGAUUUUGAAAAACUUGCAGAAGAAAUUAGUAACAAAGGAUCCUUAUCAUCCACAGAAAAAAAGUCAUCAUCGAGAAAGAGUAAGAAAGGACAAGCUGCAAUUUAUUCUGCAGAAGGAAUGGACAUUAAGAAUGGAUUGAUUGUAAAUGCCAAUGGAGCGAAUCCAACUAAAGAUUCCAUAAAAAAGAAACGAGAACAAAACAUUGAACAGUAUGAGCUGAGUGAAGAGCAAGUGGCCGAGAUGGUGAAUGAGGAGGAAAUGUAUGCCAUAAAGAGAAAAACUCGCCUCGAAUUUACACAAAAUUUGAUGAAAUAUUUGGAACAGACAGGACAAUUGCAGGACGAUAGUAAAUCAUCAUCCUCGUCACAUGGAGCAGUGGAAGAGGAAGAACAUGAUGGUUAUGAAAACUCUACUGAAACCAAUCUGGAAACGAUCAAUAAUGAGCUGACCAAAUGUAAAAACGAAUUGAACAGUCUCAUGAAACGAUAUUUAAAAUCUACGUGUCAAUAA